UAUUAAAUACUAACCAUAUACCUAAUUUCAACAAGAUUACACCUUUAAAACAAAUUUUAGUCGAGCUCGUAACUGUCAACAGAUGGUAGCCGAUAAAUAAUGUUAUCCAUGUCAUUGUAUCAAUAAUAAUAAAUAUAUUACAAAUAGGUUUAUCGAAUUACAUACAUCCGUGGCUAGCUGGUAGUGUGAAUGUGUGAUAUUGUUGGUCAUAUAAUUAUUAAAAUUAAUACGAAUAUUAUUCUGGCCAAAAAAAAAAAAAUUCGUUUUUAAAUAAAUACCUAAUAUAAUAGUUAUUGUGAAACUUAAUCGCUGCGUUAUGUAUCUACGUACAUAGUUGUAGUGGCGUAAUUAGUGUAUAAUAUUACUAUGUAGAUGCGUAUCUGAAUUGACUGCAUAUCGUUUACCUUCGUCCAUUCAAGUACUGUUCGUGAUUAAAAAUAUUUUUAUGUUUUCAAACAAAACUAAUUCGAUAUUGUAAUACCAAAGAUUGAAUUCAACAACUUAACCUUGUUCUAAUUAUUGUUAACCAAAAUAAACCUCAAGCUACAUUAUUUAAAUUCAUAAAUUAGAUAUACAUAGCUGCAAGUAUAUAGAAUAGUUUAAAACGAAAUGGCUACUCAAAUUGAAGAAACUCUGAAGAGAAUUCAAACCAGUGACGGUGUCGUCGGCUUUGUAAUAAUAAACAGCGCUGGCAUCCCGGUAAAGUCUAAUCUGGAAAAUUCAAUAUCCGUUCGAUACGCCGGAUUAGUGCAGCAGCUAAUCGCAACAUCAAUGGUAGUAAUUAAAAAAAGCGACCCGACCGAUAAAUUAACGUACUUGCGGUUACGUACCAAACACAACGAGAUCAUAAUAAUACCAGAUAAACAUUACAUCAUGGUGGUAAUUCAAAAACCUAUUGGCUCUAGAUCACCAUUGUGAAAUUUGCUAAAAAUUUGCUAUCCUAAUG